ACAUGGUUUAGGACGAAGAAUAAAGCGUGUCACAGUAAAAUAGUUCCCCCUACAGCAAAAGACAAAACACAUUAGGGACAAAACUAUGGAUCUAUAACCACAUUAAACUCGAAACAGAAGGAAUAAAUAAUGGAUCCUAUCACUCACAUGCUGACAGACCCUCUUGACCCUAAAGAGGGGAACAGUGGCCAUAUAACAGAGGAGUGUCUGCUGGGAAACUGCAGAGUGAGUCUUCCAGAGGAUCUACUGGAAGAUCCUGACAUUUUCUUCUCUGUGCUGAGUGGAAGCACUUGGACUGAAGUUCUGUCAGAUGCACAGAGGCAGCAUCUACGCCAGUUCUUGCCACAAUUUCCUGACCAGAAUAUUUCAGAACAAGACCGCACCAUCAGUGAUUUAUUCAGUGACAGAAACUUUCACUUCGGAAAUCCCCUUCAUCUUGCGCAAAAGCUAUUCCGAGAUGGUUAUUUCAACCCUGAAGUGGUCAAGUACAGACAACUGUGUGCUAAAUCCCAGCGGAAGCGACAGCUGUACUCUCUUCAGCAGUAUUACCACAAGCUCCUAAAACAGAUUCUUGUCUCACGGAAGGAGCUUCUGGACUAUGCAGUUCAUAAUGGUCAAGACUAUCCACCAAGAAGAAAGGCCCUGAGUAAAAGUCAUGCUGAAAUGCGGGAACCGAGAGUAAGAAGAAGACUCAACCGUAUAUUGAAGGAGGUUAAAGCAGAGUGUGGUGACAGCAAUGCAUCCUCCUCUGAUGAUGAGUUGUCAAUGUGGACAUCAGCGCCUCAGUCGCCCUCAUCCCCUACACCUACCAUAUCUUUACGGGUCCUCCCAAGCCUCUCUACUCAAGACAUGAAAACAACAGAAAAAUUAGAACUUGGAGAACAGGACCUUAAGAGAAUAUUGCACAGUCAUCGGGAGAAAAGGAAAAGGCAGCCAGAUCAUCCAGACCUUGUGACUUCUGAUGUUCACCUUGGAGACAUUCUCUCAAGAGCAAACAUGGGACGAAAAGGACCAAUUCCAUUAUUUGAGCUGUCUCUCCCUAAAAAGAAAAUCAAAGAGGAAAGACGGAGGAAGAAAGUGAGACCAAUUAAAGUGGAGUGUGAAGAUCCUGGUGAAGCUCUUGGUUCAGACGCAAAUUCAGCUCCUCCAGUUAACAUGAUCAACUCUCUUCCAGACACUCCCUCUUCUCCACUCGCCAACAUUAAAGAGGAAAUGGUGGAUGAGAGUCAGAUCAGCCCUGUUGUAGUUGAAGAAAUUGCCAUUAGUUUCUUCAGUUUGUUAGAGAGUAUUUUGAGAACAGAAGCCCUCACCACAUCCGGGAUUGAAGAGAAAAUCCAGCUAUGGCAGUCUUCUCCAGCCAGCUCCCUAAAUGCCUGGUUUUCUUCUGCCUGUUGCUGGUCCGACCUGGUUCUUCAAGCACUCCAAUUUCUUGCUGGAGAGACCAAAGAUGGACGCAUGGCAUUACCCAGUGGUUUCUUGCCUUUUGUGGAGUUUUCAGAUGAGACACAACAGUGGAGAUGGAUUGGCCCAACCCAGGACACAGAGAAAGAUUUGAGUGCGUUAUGUCAACUGUGGCUUGACUCUAAAGACCUGGUUAUAAAGACAGAAAAUGAAGAAAUGUUAGAAAUGAUCUCACCCACACCAAGAGUAUCAACUGAUUAUGUGGUUCGACCAAGUACUGGCGAUGAAAAACAGCUGUUUCAAAUCCAGGAACAGCAACGAUACAACCAGCCUCAUAAAGCUUUCACUUUCCGGAUGCAUGGAUUUGAGUCUGUGGUGGGGCCAGUCAAAGGAGUAUUUGACAAAGAAAUGUCACUGAACAAAGCCAGGGAACACACACUGCUGCGAUCAGACCGGCCACCAUAUGUGACCAUACUGUCUCUAGUGAGGGAUGCUGCAGCCAGAUUACCCAAUGGAGAGGGGACCAGGGCAGAGAUUUGUGAAUUAUUAAAGGAUUCCCAGUUUCUUGCUCCAGAAGUCACAAGUGCACAGGUAAAUACAGUAGUGAGUGGAGCUCUGGACCGACUUCACUACGAGAAAGACCCUUGUGUGAAAUAUGAUAUUGGCCGUAAACUGUGGAUUUAUCUGCAUCGCAGUCGGAGCCAGGAAGAGUUCGAGCGAAUUCAUCAGGCACAAGCUGCAGCAGCCAAAGCAAGAAAAGCUUUGCAGCAGAAGCCCAAGCCUGCCCCAAAGGCUAAGUCUGGCAGCAAAGAGGGAGCCAGUAAACUUGGAUGUUUGGAAGGAGACAUAGUUCCCACGCCGAUGUCACCAAUUGCCACAACCCCAAACACACCUGGAACCCCAAUGUCACCUCUGCCAUCCACAGUCACAACACCAACUAAAUCUGCAGUCCCUGACACUAUUAAAACUAGCCCUGGUGUGCUUCUUGUUUCUCCACCACCUUUACCUCAGUUGGGAACCAUCUUGCCCACGAGUCAGGCAGCCCCACCACCCUCACAGACGGUUUCAUCCCAGCAUGCAGCACGUUUAGUGAGCCACCUUGCAGCUGGUACUCUUCCUCAGGUCCGCGUGGUUUCUGCUCAGCCUGGUCUCGCUGCUGCCCCCGGAGGUCACCAGGCCACAAUAAUGCACCAGCCCACUCACCAGAUCAGAAUGCCCGUUUCUGUGGCCACAAAGGGCAUCUCACAGGCUGUGGUGUCUGUGCCAUUGAGAAGCCAGCCCAGCAGUAAUCCAGUCCAGGUGCCGCCCACUCUUUCUGUGUCCACGGUCACAGUCACUAAACCACAAACAGGAUCUCCUGGUAGUCCUUCAAAUGCUCCUUCUUCACCCGCGGUGCUUCAGGGAGUCAGCAGCCCAAACAUCAAACAGGUCUCCAUCACUGGUCAAUUAGGUGUAAAGACUACAUGUGGGGGUGGUAUCCCUAUAACUGCAACAAACCUGCGCAUACAGGGUAAAGACGUGCUCCGCCUCCCUCCAUCCUCCAUCACCACAGAUGCUAAAGGCCAAACAGUCUUGAGAAUUACCCCAGACAUGAUGGCUACUCUGACCAAGUCUCCAGUGGCAACAGUCAAACUGACACCAGAGUUUUUGGGACAAGCUGCUGCUGCAGGUAGUAAGAGCAUAUCAGCCACUCUCCAUGUGACACCAACGCACCCCUCACCCACCACAGCCUCCAGCUCUGCUUCAAGCUCCGGAGAGGUGCCCACCAGUAAUGCCAGUCCUGGUACUGCACUUUUAAAAGCUACUGGUGAUACUGCUAUUCGUCUCAUGCCAACUUUAGCGGUGUCUGUGGCUGAUCAGAAAGCAAGGACAUUUACCACAGUCUCCUCACCUGAAAAGAGCAGCGCCACUAUUCGCAUAAUGCCAGGCCUUGGUGUGAUUCCACCCAAACCGGCUCAGACCAUCACAAUGGCGCCCUCUACUGGCAGUAAACCCCCAGCUGUAUCUUCAGUUGCCUCUGUGGUCACUAUGGCUGCCAAUGUGGUGGCCGGUGCUAAAGGACUCACCGUGGCCUCAGCUGCCUCUGGUUCACCAAUCACUCUAGGAACUGCAACGGCAACUGUGAGACAGGUCCCUGCGACAGUGGUCUCUACACAAACGGGAAAGUUACCUGCCAGGAUCACUGUUCCCCUCUCUGUCCUUAAUCAACCACUUAAGAGUAAAAGUGUGGUGACAACACCUAUUGUGAAAGGAAACCUCAACACAAAUAUCAGUGGUCUGGGGAGGAACAUCAUCCUGACCACAAUGCCAGCUGGGACGAAGCUGAUUGCAGGAAAUAAGCCAGUCAGUUUUGUCACUGCUCAACAGUUUCAGCAGCUUCAGCAGCAGGGCCAGGCUACUCAGGUUCGAAUCCAAACAGUCCCAGCCCAGCAACUGCAGCAGCACAUGGCCUCAGCAGGAUCACCCAAAGCUGUCUCUACUGUUGUUGUCACAGCACCUUCACCCAGUCGCCCCCCUGACCCUCCCCCUGCCCCACCACAGUGAUCUUAGGCCAACUGGAAAUUACUAAUGUGUAUAUAUAUCUGUUGUGUUGGGUUUUUUUAUGUUCCAAUUAAGUUUGAUGAGAUUCUUUUCUCACAACAAAUGUAGUUACCUGUUGGUUUCUCUACAGUGUUAAUAUUUUCCUGUUGUGUAAUUUAAAAUAUGUAACAUGCAUAAAAAUACAGUGCUGUUUUUAA